AUGAACACGUACAGAUCGUACGUGACGAUGCUGGCUGAUCCAGUUUCAAAGGACGAAUUGAAACUGAAAGCUGCUCAAGAAUUGUCGGAGAAUUUUGAGGUGAUCAUGUGCUCUUCGCAGUAUCCGGCGUUUCUCGAUCAUAUGAUGAAAAUAUUUCUCAAGAUACUCCAAGAGGGUGAACCACACUUCAUCUCCGAGUACAACAUCCAGCAAGUGAGAAAGCUGAUUUUAGAAAUGAUACACCGGCUACCGAGCAACGAUUACCUACGUCCGUACGUGAAGCAAAUUCUAAGUCUGAUGUCGAAAUUGUUGGAAACUGAUAACGAGGAGAAUGUGUUAGUUUGCUUAAGGAUCAUCAUCGAACUGCACAAACAGUACAAACCCACCUUCAAUCCUGAAAUACAGUAUUUUUUGCAAUUCGUCAAAUCGGUGUACAGCGAGUUACCAAAGAACCUGCCAAAAAUAUUCGAGCCUCGACCGCCUUUAAGAGUGAAAGAUCUGUCGGAAAUAAAUAUAGAAGCUCUACUGAAAGAAACGUUCACUAUCACAGCUAUACAAAGCGAGAAGAAAGCGGCAGACGGCACAGUUUACAAUUUAAUCCCCAAGGCUGUAUUAUCCCUGAAAGUGCUCCAAGAAUUACCAAUUAUAGUCGUACUUAUGAACCAGUUGUACAAACAGAAUGUGCAUCAGGAUGUGUCUGAUUUCAUCCCACUCGUGAUAACAACCAUAACUCUGCAACCGAGUCCUCAACAUAGAGCGUCGCCUGGUUUCAACAAGGAGGUGUUCGUCGAUUUUAUGGGUGCUCAGAUUAAAACCUUAUCGUUUCUUGCAUACGUGAUCAGAGUAUACCAAGAUGUCGUCUCUCAGCAUAGUUCAAUAUUAGUGAAAGGUAUACUGGGUUUGUUCACACUGUGUCCAAAGGAAGUGGCUCAUUUGAGGAAAGAAUUGGUGAUCGCGUCGAGACACAUACUUGCCACUGAUCUCAGAAAUAAAUUUAUACCGCACAUGGAGUGCUUCUUCGACGAGGAUAUAUUCAUAGGAAGAGGCUGGACCACGCACGAGUCACUCAGACCAUUAGCAUACUCGACACUCGCUGACUUAGUUCACCACGUUAGGCUACUGUUACCAUUGAGCGACGUCUCCAGAGCUGUGCACCUCUAUAGCAAGAAUUUAUUGGACCAGAGUCUUCCGACAGCUGUCCAGAUGGUUUCUUGUAAAUUGCUGAUGAACCUAGUGGACACCGUGAGGCAAAGGUCUGACGCAGAGAACAGCACCCAAGGCAGAGAGCUGCUGAUGAGAAUUCUUCUGGUGUUUGUCUUGAAAUUUAAAACGAUAGCCAAGAUCUAUAUACCAAUUUUACGUAACAAAGCGAAACAGAUGACUCCACCGGGUUUGGACAUUAAAACGGAGGACGUUAAACCGGUUAUUCCAGAUCUGAACGACGACAAAGACAGUGGUAAAUCGAAAUUUGGGUUUCCCUCGUCUCAGGCUAUGAGCUACAACGUAGCUGAUUAUAGGAACUUGGUGAAGAGUUUGGUUCACGGUGCAAAAGCGAUCACAGCUAACUGUAUCAACAGCAAGACUGGCGAAGUGACGCAGUCUAAUCAGUUUCAGACUAAGGAGACACUGGUUUAUAUUAAAUUAGUGAAAUGGGCAUUGCCUGCGUUGGAUAUUUACACUAUAGGUCCUCCCACUAUAGGAACUAUUUCACAGCCAGGCAGGCCAGCUCAGUCUCAAACAAUCCGAACGAGAGAAGAGAAAGAAGUGUUGGAGCUUUUUGGAAACGUUUUCACCCAGAUGAAUCCUCAGACAUUCCAGGAAAUAUUCUCCACCUCUAUCGACUACAUGGUCGAGAGGAUCUUCAAGAAUUGCGCGUUGCAGAUCAUUGGAAGUGCCUUUUUAUCCAGUCCCACGAUAUCGUCUACGUUUGCAACUAUACUGGUUGAAUACUUGUUAGAAAGAAUGGGUGAUAUGGGUUCAAAUGUAGAGAGGAGUAACUUGUACUUGAGACUGUUUAAACUAGUAUUUGGCAGCGUGUCCCUUUUCCCAGCUGAGAACGAACAUAUGCUGAGGCCACAUUUGAAUCAGAUAGUCAAUAGAGCUAUAGAGUUAGCGAUGUCUGCGAAAGAGCCCUACAAUUAUUUCCUUUUAUUGAGAGCUUUGUUCAGAUCCAUCGGCGGUGGUUCCCAUGAUCUUCUGUAUCAAGAAUUCUUACCUCUGCUUCCGAAUAUGUUGGAAGGUUUGAACAGACUGCAAUCUGGUUUACACAGGCAGCAUAUGAAAGAUCUUUUCGUUGAAUUAUGCUUAACAGUUCCUGUGAGGCUCAGCUCUCUCCUGCCUUAUCUCCCAAUGUUAAUGGAUCCUCUAGUUUCUGCGUUAAACGGAAGUUAUUGCCUGGUGAGUCAAGGACUGAGAACUCUCGAGUUGUGCGUGGAUAAUCUUCAACCUGACUUCCUCUACGAACACAUACAACCUGUUCGAGCUGAUCUGAUGCAAGCUUUAUGGAGAACUCUACAUAAUCCAACUGAUCAAGCUCACGUAGCGUUCAGAGUUCUAGGAAAAUUCGGUGGAGGGAAUAGGAAGAUGAUGAUCGAGCCUCAGAAAUUAGAAUACAACGAUCGUGAAACCAAUUCGCCAGCUAUAGUCGUAUACUUCCAGGAACCUACUAAACCAAUCGAUUUUCCUGUGGAGAAAGUGAUCGAGACUGCGUUCAAUGCUCUAAAGUCUAACAAUACCGAUCCCUUUUAUCGUAGACAGUGUUGGGAGGUGAUCAGCUGCUACCUAGCCGCUUCGUUGCGUCUAGACGAUAGCAGUACUAUUUUGUACAAAUUAUUCAUGCAUCCUAGCUUCAAAGAAGGAAAGAUUCCUCAUCAAAGGGGUCCUCACUAUCAGUGCCCAGACGCUGUUGCAAGAAACGUGCAACAGACAGCUCUGACUGGUCUCUUCCUUGCUGCAGAGAUCAAAGAAUUGAGGAAUUCUGUGUUAGGCACUAUUGCAUCCAUAGUUAGACACUACACCAUGGUAGCCAUAGCACAGCAAGCUGGACCGUUCUGUCUGACUGGAAGACAAGUUAGAAUGCAGGGUCAGGAUCCACUGGUCUUAAUCGACGCUCUGGCUGUUAUCAUGGGUCACGAGGAGAAAGAAUUGUACAAAUCUGGACACAUAGCGCUGGUUUUAAUCCUAGAAACUGCAAUUAAUAUUCUAGGUUCCAAGGAACGAGCCUGUCAGCUGCCACUCAUGGAAUAUCUAGCAGAGAAGAUGUGCUCCCUCUGCUACGAACGAGCUUGGUACGCAAAAUUGGGCGGCUGCAUAGCUAUUAAAUUUCUCUUCGAAAGAAUGGCUACCAAAUGGGUGUUGAAUCAUCUUUUCGUGUUCCUCAAGGCUCUGAUGUUUGUGAUGAUGGACCUGACUGAAGAAGUAUCCAAUGGAGCCAUAGAUAUGGCUAAAGCAAACUUGGAGAACAUGUUGAGAGUCUGUGUGAACCCUGGAAUCCAAGAUGGGAAUACAGAACUGAUAGAAGCACAGAACAAAAGUCUCUAUGAGGUCACUCAUGAGCUAGUGAGACAGGUAACGUCGCCACACACUUUGGUGAGAGAACAGGCUAUGGCUUCGUUGAGACUGCUCGCCGAGAUACAGAAUAAAACAGUCACUGAAGUGAUGGAACCGCAUAAAGAGGUUUUAGCAGACAUGAUCCCACCUAAGAAGCAUUUACUGAGACAUCAACCAGCGAAUGCACAGAUUGGUCUGAUAGAUGGGAAUACAUUUUGCACCACGUUGAAUCCACGUCUCUUUACCAUCGAUUUAACAGAGCACGAUGUGUUCUUCCAAGAAUUGUUAGCCCUCAGCGAAGCAGAAGACGCUAAUUUGAACAAACUGCCGUGUUACAAAUCCGUCUCGAAUCUUAUUCCUCUGAGAAAGUCAGCUUUAAGAGCCUUGGCUGCCUGUCAUUACAUCGUGGCUUGCAGAGAAAGAAUAUUUGGCGUUCUCUAUAAAGCUCUGGAGAAACCUAACGCAGAGUUGCAAGAAGCAGCCUUCGAAUGCAUGCAGAAAUUCAUAGCUGGUUUCCAAAUAGACAUGCAGUCCGUCCACGCGAUCAUGCGACCCAUGCUGUUGACUCUUGGUGAUCAUAGAAACUUGAGUCUGAAUUGCGUGAAGAGACUUUCCUAUUUGACUCAACUGUUCCCUAGCACAUUCAGUACAGCUCUCUGUGAACAAUUGUUACAGCACUUGAAGAAGCUUUUAGAGAAUCUGAUUCAGGCGCACAAGGGAAUAUCGAAAUCUGGUGAAAAUGAACAGAAGAUAGCAACUAUUAUAGGGAUCUUUCACGAGAUUCCCGCAGCCACUCCAAUAUUUAUCGACGUUCUUUGCAGGCUGGUUUUACAAACAGAAAAAUCACUUAUGGUUGAAGUGUCCAGUCCUUUUCGUAUUCCUUUGAUGAAAUUUCUACUGAGGUACCCAACAGAAACUCUGAAUUUAUUUUUACACGACAAUAAUAUUAAGGAUCAGCAGUGGAGCAGGUACUUGGAGUUUUUGAUCAAACAGAAAGAUGGAAAACCGUUUCGUGACGUGUUGCACAAUAGCACAGCGAGAUUAAUUACUAUGUUACUGGCACAUUCUCAGACCAAUUCGAACCUGUCACAGACCGACGAGAGCGAACUGCAGCAUCAAGCUAUUAAGAUUAUCGCCAUUCUAAUUAAAUUCGAUGAGCAGUGGCUGUCGUCACAGAGCCAAUUAGUCGGUGCAUUGAAGCAAAUCUGGUGCAACGAUGAGUACCAAGCUCUACAUAAAAAGGUAGAAAGUGUAGAGUAUUGUCACUGGAAGGAGCCCAAAUUAAUUGUAAAAAUUCUGCUACAUUAUUUCCGCCAUCAUCCAAACGACAUUGAUUUAUUAUUCCAAUUAUUAAGAGCAACCUGUGACAGAUUCAUUCCUGAUUUCCAAUUUUUAAGAGACUUCUUAGAGCACACUGUAGCUCAGGAAUACACAGUGGAAUGGAAACGAAGCGCUUUCUUCAGAUUCGUCGAUCAUUUCCCAACAAAUAAUUUAUCUCAGGAGUUAAAGGCCAAUGUUUUGCAAUUAAUAGUCAUUCCCUGCUUCGCCGUGAGUUUUGAGCGAGGUGAGGGGAUGAAAUUAAUUGGAGGAGCACCCAUGCCUUACCAAGACAACCCAGAGAACGUCGUUUCUGUGUUCAUCAGUAAAAUAAUCGACCCAGAUAAUCCCUUUGGCUCAGCAGACUGUGUUCGUAUCUCUUUGCUGCAGUUCUCUUGUCUUCUCGUGGAACAGGCUUCUCAGCACAUCCACGACGUCAGUAAUAAAAGACAAGGGAACAAACUACGAAGAUUGAUGACUUUCGCCUGGCCCUGUCUACUGGGAAAGAACUGUGUCGAUCCUACGACUAGGUACCACGGUCACUUGCUGCUCAGUCAUAUAAUCGCCAAGUUUGCCAUUCACAAAAGGAUAGUUCUUCAGGUGUUCCAUAGCCUAUUGAAAGCUCAUGCGCUUGAUGCGAGGAAUGUGGUGAGACAGGCGUUAGAAAUUCUAACUCCAGCCAUGCCUGUUAGAAUGGAGGAUGGUAAUACAAUGCUGACACACUGGACAAAGAAAAUCAUAGUGGAAGAGGGUCAUUCCAUGCAGCAAUUGUUCCAUAUACUUCAGCUAGUAGUCAGACACUACAAAGUGUACUAUCCUGUGAGGCAUCACUUGGUCCAGCAUAUAGUGAACUCUAUUCAGAGGCUAGGUUUCAGUCCAACAGCGACCAUAGAGCACAGAAGACUAGCAGUUGAGUUAGCUGAGGUGAUUAUCAAAUGGGAACUGCACAGGAUCAAGGACGAGGCAGAGAGCAAUGAGACAGGUGGUAAUAAAACUAUGAUGGGCUCUGUUAAACGACCAAUGAACGACGAUCCAACUGGUACCAAACGUUUGACCACUCAAGCAGCCACAGGAAGUGCCACUGUGCCUGUGAUCUUGCCCAGAUUGGAGCCAGGGUCAACAAAACCUAUUGAAAGAGCUCAUGCUGAUGCAAUAUUGAAUUUCUUGUUGAGACUUGCUUGUCAAGUGAACGACGUGACAACUAUUCAUGGUAAUCCUGGUGAACAGCUCUCUAGACGUUGUGUAGCUCUGUUGAAAAUGGCCCUAAAGCCUGAUGUCUGGCCACAGUCUUGUGAUUUGAAACUGGCCUGGUUGGACAAGGUUUUGGCUAGUGUAGACAGCGCUCAACCAAAUUAUGGCAAUAUUUCUACUGCUCUUGAGGUCUUGACGUUCUUGUUAGGUGUAAUGAAAAGGGAGCAGAUAUUGGCUAGCUUCAAGCCUCUUCAGAGAGGCAUAGGUGCUUGUAUAGCUAGCAGUAACACUAAAGUGAUUCGUUUGGUUCACGGAUUGUUGUCUCGUUUGAUGACAAUAUUCCCAGCUGAGCCAACUUCCUCUACUGUUGCCUCAAAAUACGAAGAACUGGACACUUUGUACACAACUGUUGGUAAAUUCGUAGUUGAUGGCUUGGCGACUUAUGAGAAGAAUACUACUGCCACUCCAAGCACUUUAUUCGGAACUCUGAUGAUGCUGAAGGCUGCCUGCACGAAUAAUCCAAGUUACAUUGAUAGAUUGAUAACUCCUUUCAUGAGAGUUCUGCACAGAAUGGCCAAGGAUCAUCUCCAAUCAGCCCAAGCUGAGGCGAAUCCUGUUGGAAGUGAAUUAUUGAUCUUAAGCUUGGAUCUUGUGAAGAACAGAGUUGUAGUUAUGGGAGUAGAGAUGAGAAAGUCCUUCAUAGGUUCCAUUCUCGUUGGUCUGAUAGAGAAAACGCAGGAUAUAAAGGUAAUGAAAGCAAUCACGAAGAUGCUUGAAGAGUGGAUGAAGAACAAGAACCCUAUCGCGAUGAAUCAAGCACCCAGCCUUCGAGAAAAGUCUAUUCUUCUGGUCAAGAUGAUGCAGUACGUGGAGAAACGAUUCCCUGAUGACUUAGAAUUAAACAGACAAUUCUUGGAGCUGGUUAACUACAUCUACAGAGACGAGACUCUCAAAUCUUCCGAAUUAACAUCAAAAUUAGAGCCAGCUUUUCUCUCUGGUCUCAGAUGCGUUCAGCCACAGAUAAGAGCGAAAUUCUUCGAGGUGUUCGAUGGAUCUAUGAGAAGACGUCUUCACGACAGACUCUUGUACAUCAUCUGCAGUCAAAGUUGGGACGCGAUAGGUCCUCAUUACUGGAUCAAGCAGUGCAUAGAAUUGCUCCUUGUCACUGCUAAUUCUACCACUCAGAUACAAAUGUCGAAUCAGGAUACUCUGCUACCAAGUGUAACUUCUGUGAUAAACAUGGCAGACAGUGAAGAGCACAAGAACUUCAUGAUCUAUACUUCAAUAAAAGAGGAGCCUCAGGACAUCGCAGACAGCAGUGACGUGAAGGAUGAUAUUCUAGACAUUGAUCUGUCCAAUGUGGAUUCAACCACUGUUCCUGAAGAGAUCACAGGAAAGGCAAGAUUAACUCAGUUAAUCGCGAAGCAGGGUAAAUUCAUCAAAUACGCAAAGAAGAUUAGAACUGAGCAGUUAUUGUUAGCCACAGCUCAGCUGUGUCAUAUGGAUACUAAUUUAGCAGAACGUGUUUGGUUGGACACGUUCCCACGAAUCUGGAGCAUCUUAGAUGAACAUCAGCAUAACACUCUAAUAGCUGAAGUGGUGCCGUUUAUUUGCAGUGGUACACACGUGAUCCAGAAAGAUUGUCAUCCAAGUGCUAUAGCCACAUUUGUUGAGGCAAUUUCUCAUUGCAAUCCUGCAGUGCCUAUGAGGCCUGCCUUGAUGAAAUAUCUGGGUAGAUCGCAUAAUCUCUGGCAUAGAAUGACAUUGAGCUUGGAACAAAUGGCGUUUGACAAUAGUAAUACUCAGUUUAAGAUCAAAAGAGAGUCUGACUGUUAUGACUUUGAGCCUGAUAACAGUCCUCAUGCUGAGAUUUUAGAUUCUUUAUCUGAUAUGUACUCUUUGUUAUGCGAAGAGGACAUGUGGUCUGGCUUAUGGCAGAAGCAUGCUCAUUACAAAGAGACAUUGCAAGCCACUGCCUUGGAACAACAAGGGUUUUUCGAGCAGGCCCAAGGAGCUUAUGACGUAGCCAUGACGAAAUUUAAGCAGGACUACGUGUCCACACCGGCACCGUUCAAAAUUCAAAGGGAAGCCAUGCUUUGGGAGCAGCAUUGGAUAAGAUGUGCAAAGGAGUUGAGUCAAUGGGACUUGUUGUUGGACUAUGGUAGCAAAAAGGCUGAGAAGAAUCCUUUCUUAAUUCUUGAAAGCUCCUGGCGUAUUCCUAAUUGGACCAUGAUGAAGGAGGCUCUUGGUCAGGUGGAGCAUAAUUGUCCAAAGGAGAUGGCUUGGAAGGUGAAUCUGUAUCGAGGCUUCCUAGCCAUAUGUAACAGCGAGGAUCAACACCUGAACGCAGUGGAAAGAUACGUGGAGCUAGCUUCUGGCCUCUGUAUGCGUGAAUGGCGUAGACUACCUCAUAUAGUGAGCCAUGUACAUCUACCAUUGCUUCAGGCAGCUCAACAGAUAAUGGAACUUCAAGAAGCCAUGCAGAUUCAUCAGGGACUGUUACAUGGAAGAAGCACUUCUCUGCAUGACAUGAAAGCUAUAGUGAAGACAUGGAGGAACAGGCUACCAGUGAUAGCUGAUGAUCUUAGCCACUGGUCAGACAUCUUCACCUGGAGGCAACAUCAUUACACGUUCAUCUCAAGCCACUAUGAUUCCCAACAAGACCAGACCACCAAUCACUCUAUGCUUGGUGUGCAUGCUUCUGUUCAAGCUAUCAUCCACUUUGGAAAGAUAGCCAGGAAGCAUAAUCUGUGUGGUGUAUGCCUGGACUCUUUGUCUAAAAUCUACACUAUACCCAGUGUGCCUAUUGUUGAUUGUUUCCAGAAAAUCAGACAGCAGGUGAAGUGCUACUUGCAAAUGGCCUCAGUCAGUGGGAAGAACGAAUUACAAGAAGGUUUGGAGGUGAUUGAGUCCACGAAUCUGAGAUACUUCACCAAGGAAAUGACUGCAGAAUUCUAUGCAUUGAAAGGGAUGCUGCUGUCUCAGAUAGGAAGAUCGGACGACGCGAAUAAAGCCUUCUCAGCUGCAGUUCAGCUACACGACACCCUGGUAAAAGCCUGGGCUCUAUGGGGUGACUAUUUAGAGCACAUCUUCACUAGAGAUGCACGUCAGAUUUCCAUUGGAAUCUCGGCCAUCACUUGCUUCCUCCAUGCGUGCAGACAUCAGAAUGAAUCCAAGUCUAGAAAGUAUUUGGCAAAGGUACUCUGGCUGCUCACUUAUGAUGAUGACAAGUUCUCUUUGAUGGAAGCUGUAGACAAGUAUGCUGUUGGUGUUCCUCCUAUUCAAUGGCUACCAUGGAUACCUCAGUUGUUGAUGUGUUUGGUCAGACACGAGGGAAACGUGAUUUUGAAUUUAUUGAGUCAAGUUGGAAGGAUGUUCCCACAGGCUGUGUACUUUUCUAUCAGAACUUUGUAUCUGACGUUGAAAAUAGAGCAACGUGAGAGAUACAAGAGCGCAGAAUUGGCUGCUGGGAAGAAUCAGGAGGGAGUGGAAGGUCGUGGAGCCGCUGGAAACGUGCAACAACAAGGAGUACCUGAGACGGGACCAAUUCGAGCAACGCCACCUAUGUGGAGGUGCUCAAAGAUCAUGCAUAUGCAGAGGGACAUUCAUCCGACAAUUUUGUCUAGCUUGGAAGGCAUCGUUGAUCAGAUGGUAUGGUUCCGAGAAACCUGGUAUGAAGAAGUGCUGAGGCAACUGAGACAAGGUCUGGCCAAAUGUUACGCGAUAGCAUUCGAGAAUCGUGGUGCGGUGAGUGAGGCAACCAUAACUCCUCACACCCUGAACUUCGUGAAGAAGCUGGUGUCUACGUUUGGCAUAGGAAUCGAAAACAUAUCCUCGUCUCAAAACGUGAACAACACGUUCGGCUCGGCGGCUUCAGAAUCUCUGGCGCGCAGAGCUCAGGCUACCGUCCAGGACCCCGUGUUCCAGAAGAUGAAGGGCCAAUUCAAAAGCGACUUCGACUUCACCGUGCCUGGUGCGAGGCUGCUUCACAAUCUCAUCAGCAAGCUGAAGAAGUGGAUCAAGAUUCUCGAAGGGAAGACUAAACAACUACCAAAGUCCUUCCUGAUCGAGGAAAAGUGUCGAUUCUUGAGCAACUUCAGCCUGAAAACCGCGGAGGUCGAACUUCCAGGCGAAUUCCUGUUACCUAAACAUUCACACUACUAUGUGAGGAUAGCAAGAUUCAUGCCUAGAGUCGAAGUAGUUCAACGACAUAAUACAGCAGCUAGAAGAUUGCGGAUUCGUGGUCAUAAUGGACGCCUCUAUCCCUAUUUGGUUGUGAACGACGCUGGACUGGGCGAUGCGAGACGAGAGGAACGAGUUUUGCAAUUGUUAAGGAUGCUAAAUCAUUAUCUGGCCAAACAAAAAGAGACAUCUAGGAGGUUCUUACACUUCACUGUUCCACGUGUGGUCGCGGUGUCGCCACAGAUGAGGCUGGUCGAAGAUAAUCCUGCCUCAGUUUCUCUACUGGACAUUUACAAACAAGGCUGUGCGAAAUUAGGAAUAGAACACGACGCGCCUAUAGCUAGGUAUUACGAUAGAUUGGCGACUGUACAAGCUAGAGGGGCACAGGCGAGUCAUCAGGUUUUGAGAGAUAUUCUGAAGGAAGUGCAGACGACAAUGGUUGCAAAGACUAUGCUGAGAGACUGGGCGGUGAAAACGUUCCCCGGUGCCACUGACUAUUGGACCUUUAGGAAAAUGUUCACUUUACAAUUGUCUUUGGCCUGCUUCGCGGAGUACGUGCUCCACUUGACGAGAUUGAAUCCGGACAUGAUGUACGUGCAUCAAGAUUCGGGUCUGAUCAAUAUUGCUUACUUCAAGUUCGACGUUGACGAUACCUCUGGUGAACUGGACGCCAACAGACCUGUUCCUUUCCGGUUGACGCCUAAUAUUCUGGAAUUCCUCACCAGUACAGGUGUCUCCGGACCACUAACUGCAAGUGCCAUUGCCACAGCUCGUUGCUUGGUCCAACCAUCCUUCAAGGUGCACACGAUUCUCCGUGCAAUCCUCCGGGAUGAAGUGAUAGCAGAUCACAAUAAGAAGCAAGAAGAUGCUGAAAACGCGUCUCAAACCCCGACAGAUAUGAAAGGCGAGCUUCUAAUAACGAUGGUCACUCGAGCAGUCAAUGCAAUCGUUGGAAGGCUGAAUUCCUUGGCCAAUUUCGAUGGAACCGACAGCAAAGUGAGCACUUUGGUUGCUGCAGCGAACAGUCAUGAUAAUUUGUGUAGAAUGGACCCGUCUUGGCAUCCUUGGUUAUAAACGUAUUUCUUUCUUUUUUUUUCUUUCAUUAUCAUAGGGCCUACUCGUGCUUCCAAAUGUGAACAAAUGCGGGGAAUAUAAAUAAUGAUUAUGGAUGAUUCUAGUAGUUUAGAUUUGAAUGGUGAGAAACAGCUAUAGUCAUUUGUAUUCUUUGUACUUUGGAUCUCUCAACAAUUUUUUUUUUUUUUUGUUCAUUUGGAUAUUUGUUGCUUCGUUUCUAUGUAAUUUCAAUUUCAAAGGAUGUGUACUGUAAGUCGUGUAAAUAUUACGUAGAAACGCGAGGGAUUAUUCAAGAUUCACGAUCGAUCCUUUCGUGAGACACACACACACACACAUGUUUAUAUCGUGUAAAAACUCCCUCGUAACCGAGGAUAUCUUCGCCUGUAUCAUUUAUUGUACAUACUACUUUUAAACGUAAGAGUUAUUUAUAGCGAUUUGUCAAGGAAAAAGUGUUUAUAAAUCUAAA